AUGAGUGAUUCGCCUGAUCAGAAUGAUCCUGCAAAAGAUCCAAAAGAAUUGGAAAAGAUGGAGGAAGCUAAGCUUAAAGCAAAGUUUCCAAAUGCAAUGUAUGGCAGGGGAGCAGGAAGCCAUUCUGCUUUUCUUCAAAAAAGAUUAGCUAAGGGACAAAAGUUUUUUGAUUCUGGUGAUUAUCAAAUGGCAAAACAGAGGCCCAGCAAUCUGGCGGCGCCGUUUAAAGCACCUGCUGCUCCUGCUAAAUUGCCAACUGGAGAUGCCAUUCCCACACCUGAGACCGUCCCUCUAAGGAAGACCUCCAUCAUACAGCCUAAGUUCCAACCGCCCAGCCAGACCUCCUAG